AUGUCUCGUCCAUGGACAUGUACAAAUGGAGAUCAGAUUCCGCAAUUAUGGCAGUUUUUAUUAGAAAUACUUACAGACAAAAAUUAUGCCAAUAUAAUCCAUUGGGUAGAUGGAGAAGAAGGUGAGUUUUGUUUUAAAAAUCCUCAUGCUGUAUCUAUGUUAUGGGGUAAACGAAAAAAAAAGCCAUCAAUGACAUAUGAAAAAUUAACACGUGCACUACGUUAUUACUAUGAAGGCGAUAUGUUAGCAAAAGUAGCAAAUAAACGUUGUCAUUAUCGUUUUGUAUGUGAUUUACAAACGGUUAUUGGUUAUUCUGCCGCUGAUUUAGCUCGUCUCGUUAAACAAUCACCGUUGAACAAGUCCUGUACACAAUUAGUCGAUAAUAAUACUUCUGUACAUACAAUAGCAACAACAAAAGAAAUAAUAAUAUCUAAAAAAGGUUUGAAAACGAAACCAAUUGGCUCAGUGAAAAAAACAAUACCGAUCAACGAUAAUGAUAAUAGUUUAUUGACAAGUUUAUCUCCAACAGUAACUCACCAUUUUUGUUCAGCUGAUUGUUCAUCAAAUUCUUCUGUUCAGAGAUCAAUAAAACCUUUUUGGACUAAAAUAAUAACCGUAGAAAAAGAACAACAAUAUGAUAAUAGUUUAACGUGGUUCACAUUAAAUCGUUUACCAAUUGAUAAUGUUAUGCAGAAUUCAAUAUCACCUAUUACUAUACCAAUGAAAGAUUCUGAGCAACGAAAAUCAAAUAUUGAAUAUAUACUAAAAGAUUUAGGGUAUAAGAAUAAUGAUCGAAGUGAUCUUAAAAAAUCUUCUGAUUAUUUAUCAUCUUUAACAUCAAUAUUACAUUCAACAUCAAACAACGUACUAAAGUCAAAUUAUUCACCAACAAAUUUACGUUCUACAAAACCCGAUAAUAUGUGUACAUUGUAUCAACAUAACAGACAUUUAUUACAAUCAACAAUAAAAUCGGAUUCAGCUGAAAGUGUUUCAUCACAAAUAACAACAAAAACUAUUGAUAACCUGAUAGAUCCUUUUAGACUGAAUGAAUGUGUAGUUGAUGGUAAUAAAUUAAUAAGGAAAAAGCGAUUAUCAAUGACAAAUACAAAUUCGAUUAAACGGCAAAAAAUAAAUUCUCAUGAUCACGGAGAUAAAGGACAACAACAGCAACAAACAAUUAAUAAUUUUAAUUAUAUUUCAUUUAACACUCAUCACUGCCAUCAUCGCUAUUAUCACAAAAAUACAAAUGAACCAGAGUCCGUUCGUGAAAAUCAAAAUGAAUGUACUAUGUUUCAAGAGGAAAUUUCGAAACUAACAUCGUCAUCUGAAACAUCUCUAUUUUUACAAGAAGUCUUGUUGGUUAAUAGUUGA